AUGGGCAGCCAAUCACGAUCUCUGCUGGCUCAGGCACAAGAUGUUCGCAUACUUGCAUUCUUUAUUCGCGGCUUGGACGAUCAGUCAAUUUCUGCACACGGUGAUAUGGUACGUGAAGCUAUUGAACUUGCAUCGACAUUGUGGCCCAUCGCCUUAGCAGCUGUCCUUGGAGCUCUAGUCCAUACAGUCGCCUUGUUUCGAGCCGAGCAAGGCACAGAACUUGGUGUGAGUGGAAGUAGAACGCUUGCUACUCAUAUUGAUUACUCUACUGACGUUGUGCAACCAAGACACUCGCAGUUCUAUUAG